AUGUCGAAUGAAGCACAGAAAAUUAUUACGACCGCAACAGUUGUUGGUAAAAAUAAACUAGUGGUAGAUCGUGAGAAGGUUAAUAGAUUUACAAAUUUACAACCCGAUGAUUAUACACCUGAACAUCUUCCGACCGAAAAUGAAGUACAAAUAUAUACUUGGAAGGAUGCUACAUUGAAAGAAAUUGCCAAUCUUUUUAGAGAAGUAAAUGCCGAAGCCAAUAAACCAAAUGCACGGUUAUCAUUCAAAUUAGUUUAUCUUGAUAAUUUACGAGGAAAAUAUGUACUUAAAGAUUUAGGUGCAAUUCAUAAUUUAUCUCCUUCCUCUGAUCAUGACACAAACCUUGAUGAUGCCAGAUUUGUUAUUGGAGACUUUUUGGAUGUGGCAAUUUUUCAUGGUGCUCCACCUCGAUCUAUUGAAAGACUCAUUCGAAUAUUUGGACCACUAAAUCUAAAGUAUUUGGUAGAGCCACCUCUUAUAUUAGCCCACCGUUCAAUUGCGGGAUCUUUAAGUAAAGCUUAA